GAAAUGCGAAAAUUACUUCUCUCAUUUGGGCUACUGGCGGCGGUGGUGAAGGGGGCAUGGGCAUAUAUCGAGCCUAUAAGCGAUACGGACGACCUGCACCAGGUGUGCUCAGGCAUGUGGGCUGGCGGUGAUGCGCAUAUACAAGCAUCAUUCGACCCCGGAUCGCAUGGACAGCUCGCGAUGGUCAUCUACGAAUGGGGAGAUAUUGGCUACUUAGGAAAGAUCACCUCCCCAAACGACCCAUCCCUUCCAAAAACCUAUGUAUGCACAUCCGACGCCGUCAAUGCUGGAUUUUGUGCUACUCAAAAUCUUGGCGAGUUCAUCGUCAACCUUCCAUCUGGGAUGUCCAUCAAUCAGACAAGCGUGUGGACUGCAAGCCUCUACUUCUCCAAUAGCACCAGAGGUGCGAUACCUUCAUCGCCGAACGAAGGCGCGCAGCCGAACAAAACUUCAUCGGAUUUGUGGAUUCCACCGGACGGGAGCCUGCCCAAGAUCCCAUCCGGGGACACGGAGCAUUCUUCCCCCUUCCGCAGCAGGGCCGUCUUGAACCAGGAGAGGGGAUUGGAGAGCAGACAGAAUCGGAUACGCUAUACUCAACCUAUCCAGUAUCCUAUCAAGCGCAAAGGGUACUAUUGUGUCGGUACGAUACCUAUCACUCUCAUAACCAACCCCAGCACGCCGAAAACAGCAGACCAUGCCAAUUUCACGGGAACAGUCCUAUUUGCGAACGUCUUCUCCGGUCUUCUCCCUGCCUCCGAGUAUCCCAAGAUCUGGUUUUACCUCGCCAUGACCUGGGCAUAUACGUUUGUCGGGGCUAUUUGGGGCUGGCUGUGUUAUAAGCACAGGCAGGACUUGCUCGCCCUGCAGUACUAUAUUGCGAGCUUGAUCGGUCUUCUGGUCAUCGAAAUGCUAGCUUCGUGGGGUUAUUACCGUUACCUGAAUGCACACACAUCAGGAAUAACAAGUACGGCUUUCCUCAUCGUCGUUGCCAUCCUCGACGCGGGCAGGAACUCGCUUUCUUUUUUCCUGCUGCUCGUCGUCUCCUUGGGUCUGACCGUGACGCGAGAGAGUCUCGGCAAGCUGAUGUUGCGCGCUGUCAUCCUCGGUAGUCUGCACUUCGUUUUCGGAGUCGUCUACGCCGUCGGCACAGUAGAAGUUACACUCGAGACCGCAUCUAUCUUUCUCCUCCUAACAUUCGUUGUUCCUCUCGCUUUUACACUAAGUAUAUUCCUCCUCUGGAUCAUGUACGCCCUCAACGGGACAAUCCAAGAGCUCGCCUCUCGCAAACAGCGAUACAAACUCAGCAUGUUCACUCGUCUUUACCGAAUCCUCCUUGGAGCAGUGGUUAUAAUGGCCAUAUUCUUUGUCGUUUCCAGCCUGUCGUUCUCGAACCGCCUAGCGGAGGAUUAUGCGAGCAACUCAUGGAGCACCCGCUGGCUGCUCCUGGACGGAUGGCUCGCACUAUUGUAUCUUACCGUUUUCUGCCUCAUCGCCUAUAUCUGGAGGCCGACGGACAACAACAGAUACCUAGCAAACGUUGACGAGAUAGCGCAAGACGCCGAUGAUUACGAUCUCGAGGGACUCGAGCGCAAUGGGCACGUCAAGCCCUCCGACUCUACAGACAACCUCGGACACCCAGAGUCGCCAGGCACGGCGCAGGACGUGGUAUUUGAGAUUGGGGAAGAGGAGGAUGAGGACGAGCGGACCGGGGGGCUGAGGAGCGGGCCGGCGAGGGUAAGAACGGAGGUUGACGAAAGGGCACAGGGAGGGGAAGAGGCACAGGGACUUAUGGGUGCAAGAGGUAAGGACGAUUAGUCGUUGGAUUUACGCAGAAGGUCGGGCAUUCUUGACCCAGCAUAUGGAUGAGGGAAGGGAGGUGUGCGAUGUUUAUGCCCUAGGAGAGGACUUUGGCAAUCUGG